ACAAACUCUUCACAAAGCCACAUACGUGGUUUGGAUUUCCGACGCCACGUGAGCGUUAACGAAGGUAAGAGAACCGACUGACACAGCGGUGUUGUUGUUGAAAAGAUAGCUAGCGCAGCGACCUAACGAAAUCUUACAUUGGCAUGUGGGGCGGGGUAGUCACCUUCACCGCGCAAAGUAUCUCCAGCAGUCAGGCACUACUCCCUGCCUUUGUUGAUUCCACACCGUGUUUUCCUAACUCCGUCCUUUUCGCACUCGUGGGGCUUUGCCAACAGGUGGGACAGAGACGGCAUGACUGAAAACUGUGCGAAACAUGAACAGCCGCCACCGCCAUAACGGUACCGGUGUCCGGUUACAAGCGCUUGGUUUGCAUAUCAACAACAACUGGAGGAUCCUCGUCUGCUGCCGGCUGAAGGCUGAAGGCUGAUCAUGUCAAGCACCAAGAAGAUACAUACAGAUGACGAGACAAUGGAAGCUAUUGAGGAAGACAAGUGCCUAAUCAACAGGCUGCCAGAUGAGAUCAUGGUCCUUUUCUUGAAGAAGAUUGACAUGGAUCAUCUGCUAAAUGAGGUGCCGAGAGUCUGCAGCAGGUGGAGCAGGCUAGCCCAAGAUAAGUAUGUUUGGAAGGGAAGGGGCCUGAUCUUUGAUGAGAAACAGAAGGACAACGAAACAUACGUGAAGGACUUUGUCAAAACAUUGAAUGAGGUGCCCUACCUUAGUUCCUUAAAUUUAUCUAAAGUUCCCGUGGAAGUUGUUGAGGCUGAAGAGGCCGCCAAUGAAGAUACAUCGUCGUGGCCAACCACUAAAGUUAUUAACAAGAAGGCUGGUGCCAACUUUCAACGAAACAUAGGAUUAGCCUCUCUUUGCUGUAAUACUUACUUUGAGGGUCUUCUUGAUCUUAUCAUUGCAAACAGAGAAACACUAAGUAGUGUGAUGUUACAUAAUGUGGAGGUUGAUAAAGUGGGCUCGUGGGAUCAACUCGAAAAUGUGAAAAUUAAGCUUUCAGAGAUAAUGAAAGCAUUAAUAGAUCUUCCUUGCCUGAAGCACCUCUCCCUGGAAUUCAACGAGAUAUGGGAGUUUGGUGACAUUGAACAGUGGUAUGAAGAAUUGGACCACAUAGUUUACUCUUCCCUGCUUCAAAUGACUUCCCUGAAGAGCCUGGAGCUUAUCCAUGCCAAGCCCCUCAUAAGGUCUGUACCCUCUCCUCCCCCUGGUUCAUGGAAACUCAGUGCGCUAGAAAUUGAGGGAGAGAGCUACUUCAACGAUGAUUUGGCUGCUCUAAUGGUGUCUGCUGCCACUAGUACCCUCCAAGUUUUUAGGGCUGGGCACAACGGUGGCUUGAAGACAAUGAAGGCCUUGAAACAAUGCCAAAACCUUGAGAGUCUUAAUCUACCUUGCUUAAAAAAUCUUGAACAUUUCAAAGACCUCAAGAAGGUUCACUCUCUUGAGUUAUAUUCGCUGGAGGAGCACUCAAAUCCUAAUAGUAGGGUUGAUGAGCACUUUGUUUCAACAGCACCUCUACUGGGUAAUUUGAAGAACUUUACCAUCACAGCAACGUCAAAUCCAGCAAAUUAUUGUAAUCUAAUGCAGGCCCUCAUCAACAAAUGCAAAGAGGUCCAAAAAUUCUCUUUGUUGGAGUUCUAUAUAUUUUUCCAAGAAAGCCCAUUUGUUCGACUGGCACCAUUGACUGUUAAAUCCAUUGUGGGUGGAGCCAUGCCUAAAUUAUGCACGUUAGAGAUAAAAAGUUACGGAUGUGGAGACAGUAAGGCAGUGUGGGAGGAACCAUUGAAACAAUUGAAAGAAAAACGGCCCGCCUUAACUGUGCUGUUUUGAGUUUUGAUCCUUUUCAUUUAACACGUUCAGUGCGGCGUGACCCACACCGUGGGUCACAAUAACAUAGGAUUGCCUACCCCCGCCGCACUCAACGUGUUAAAGGAAUAAAGUAUUUUAUGCUUGAUGGACCAUUAGACUUUUGUGUUAUGUAUGUUGUGUACUUUUGUAUCCUGACUUAAUCUCUCUCCUGUCUACAAUUUGCAAAUAAAGUUGUGUUUUGCGUUCUGUUCA